CGAACCGCGGCGGGUCCGCCGCCGCCCGCCCGCCCGCCAUGUCGGCUCCCGGGACCCUCAGCAAUUACUACGUGGACUCCUUCCUGGUGCCGGAGGGGGACGAGCUGGCGGCGCCCCGCUACGCCCCCGCCCCGCUGGGGCCGCCGCCGCGGCCGGCGGCGCUGGCCGAGCACCCCGAGCUGGCCCCCUGCAGCUUCCAGCCCAAGGCGCCCGUCUUCGGCCCCCCCUGGAGCCCCGCGCACCCCGCCGGCGCCAGCGGCGUCCCCGCCGUCUACCACCCCUACGCGCACCACCAGGCGCCCGUGGCACCGCCCGACGGCAGGUACAUGCGUUCGUGGCUUGAGCCUGUGCCGGGCUCCUUGUCUUUCCCCGGGUUACCUACCAGCAGGCAUUACGGCAUUAAACCUGAACCGCUGGCGGCCAGGAGGGCUGACUGUACCACGUUUGACACUCACACUUUGUCUCUCUCUGAUUAUGCUUGUGGUUCUCCUCCAGUUGAUAGGGAUAAGCAAAGCCACGAAGGCGCAUUCUCUGAAAGCAAUGGAGAAAGUGAGGCAAACGGAGAGAAACCGCAGAUCGAUCCAAAUAAUCCAGCUGCAAACUGGCUCCACGCAAGGUCCACCAGGAAAAAGCGAUGUCCUUACACCAAGCAUCAGACACUGGAACUGGAGAAGGAGUUUCUGUUCAAUAUGUAUCUCACUAGGGACCGUAGAUACGAGGUGGCCAGACUCCUCAAUUUAACAGAGAGACAAGUGAAAAUCUGGUUUCAGAACAGGCGGAUGAAAAUGAAGAAAAUCAACAAAGAUCGAGCGAAGGAUGAAUGAUGGCGACACGUGGGUUAAAAUGAAAACUCAAAAUGUAAAAGAAAAAAAAAAAGAAAAAAGUUAAAACAAACAAAA